AUGUGGAGCAACAACCAAGCACCGAGCCACAGCCGCAGCCACACUCGACCCGCGAUUAUGGAUCUAAAACCGAGAUUAACCACCCCCCAAUUCACCACUACCAUCACCGCCCCCACCACUGCCCCCCCGCCUCCAGAGUCCAGGACAGGUCUCGCCGUCGGCCUGUCCCUGUUCUUCGUUCUGCUGGUGGUGGGAGCAGUGGGAGGUUUUUUGGCGUACAGAAAGUUCGGGAAGCUCCGGAGGGUCCUGAGCUUCGGGUCCAGGCGGAGGAUCGAGAAGGAGCGGGACGCCGUGAGCAGAGAGGCCCCCAAAGUCAUCCGGGAAAACCACACGGUCCGUUCAGAGAUCGCCAACGCCAAUGCCGCCGCCACGCCCAUCUACGAGAACGUGGUCCGGAUCCAGAGCUCCCGCAACACCCCUGCAGCCAGAUCAAACCCUCCCCCUGAAGAUGACCUGUAUUUACAAUGUGACGCAAUGGACGCAAUCUACACCAACGACCCGGCCUGCAGUUCCCCCUCCCACCACCAGGACGACGACACCUACAUCCUCCCUGACUCCUGA